GAUCACGGAAAAAGCAGAAGAUGUCGGCUCGGUCAUGUGAUCAGCUGUGUCCAAUCACAGCUGAUCACAUGGGACAUGUACACUGAACAUCAGGGCACUGAUGAUCAGUGUGCCCUGAUGAUCAGUGUAGCCCCAGCAGUGCCACCUGUCAGUGUCCAUCAGUGCCAGCUGUCAGUGCUCAUCAGUGCCAUUGCCCAUCAGUGCCACAUCAAUGCCACAUAUCAGUGCCCAUCUGAGCUGCCUUUCAGUGUCACCCAUCAGUGCCAGUCAGUGCCACCUAUUAGUGCCAGUCAGUGCCACCUUUCAGUGCCGCCUAUCAGUUCUGCCUUUCAGUGCCGCCUAUCA